CUAUCAUAUUUAAAAUUUUCUAACAGUUCAACAUUUCAUUUCAAAUAAACACUACUAUAAUUAGGAAAAAAAUUGAUUUCCUUUCAUUUGGUUUACAAAAUUUGUAACAUGUUGAUCUAUGGUUAAAAUUCUGCAAUUUAUGCUAAAAAACAAAAAUUAAAAUAUCAUUAUGUACACGAAGGAUUAUGUUUUAUCGACAACCACAUUUUAUAAUGAUGAAAAUAGCUCCGAAUUGGCGAAUUUCUUUUCGCUAAGAAAUAAUCCAUCAAAAAAAUGGAACGAAAAAAACAGUGUUGAUUACCUACAAAAAAUUGCAGAAGAAAAUGAGCUAGAUUUUGAAAAUGAAAUUAUACUACAUUUAAAUGUAUUAAAAUCAAUCGAAGAACAAAAAUACGAUGAAGCAUUUAAAGGACAGUUGGCAAUUUUGCAAAAUAUUGUUAAAUAUCUUCAAACUUCGGAAAAUGAAAAUUGGAUGGUUCCACUUGCUAAUACAAUUUGUGUGGAUCUGAGAUAUCUCUUGAAUGCUUAUGAUAAAUUUGACUCUACAAAAAAAAAUAUCAAGUUAGAGAGAUAUAACGAUUUUCAAAAAAAGUUUAUCGAUGUGAUGAUGAUGUAUUUUCGCAUUUGUUCUGGAGACAUUCGGGCUCCUUCGCGCCUUACUAAACGCUGGACAAUAAUGUUUAUAGUCAAUCAAAUGUUACAAGUAUAUCAUAAAAUCAAGAAGUUUCAUUUGACCACUGGCCUAACUAAAACUAUUUUCAUGUGCCCCGACAAAAAUAUUUUUCCUGUAGCCCAUUUUGUGACGUUCUACUACUUUACUGGAUGCAAGGAAAUUUUUGAAGGGAAAUUUAACGAUGCGCGAGAAAAUUUGACACUAGCAUUUGAAAGCUGCCACAAGUGUUCAGUAAAAAACAAAAAACUAAUACUAAAGAAAUUAAUACCUUUAAAUAUGUUACAGGGUGUAAUGCCGUCGAAAAGUCUUCUAAAAAAAUACGAUUUGGAAUUAUUUGGUGAACUGUCGGAUUACUUGAAAAUGGGCAAUGUUAGAAAGUUCAGAGAAUGUAUAGAUACCAACGAAGUAUACUAUAUGAAAUGUGGGGUUUACUUAGUCCUACAAAAAUUGUUAAAUCUUGUAUACAGAAACCUACUAAAAAAAUUCUUUCUUAUUGCCAAAAACCACAUUAUCCCCGUAGAACAAAUUGCUGCCAUUCUCAGGAAGUUCGAUGAUCCAGAAACAAAUUUUGACCAAGCACAGUCUUUAUUGGUUAAUUUAAUUUACAGAGGCACACUUCGAGGAUACCUUUCCCACGCUCAUAAAAAAGUUGUCUUAAGUAAAAAAGAUGCAUUCCCAACUGGUAAACAAAUAUUUGACAAAACUACAAGAUCGAUUAAUGAAAUAGGACAUAAUUAAUUUGUAUUAAAACAAGUUUUCCUAUAUUUGUUUAUUAGUUUUUUUUUUUAUAUAUAUAAAUGAUUUUAGCAACUAAUUAUUGUUUGCAUUUUAAAUUUGUAUGUACAAGAAAUAUUGGAAAAUGUAAAUCUCAUUUUGUAAUACAUUUAGUUGUAUAUUACGAGUAAUUA